CGCACAUCAAAGAGCCGUAUGAAGCUGUAUCGCUCAGGCGGCCGUGGCUGGUGUAGCUAGGCGACAGCCGACGGGCGUCGGAAACAUAUUGGGGGGUUGGGAUGACGCUGUGCGAAGCGAUGUCAUAUACGUUGGGUUGCUAAACGCGCGCACAAUGCUUGUUGGCGGCGGUAUGUCGUCGCCUAAAGUGAGCAAGAAACAUGGCAAGCGUCACCACCACCAUCGGCGACACCACCAUCACGGGCACAGCAGUGUGCUCGCCAGCCUUGAAACGUCUCAGCACCAAAUCCUGGAGAGGGUGAAAAAUGACAGGGUGAUAGUGACCGGCCCGGACGAAGACCGUCGCCGGAGAACCAUCAUCGUGGAAAGACGCAAGGGCUCCUUUGGAUUUACGCUGCAGACGUAUGGCAUCCACCACAAGCGGGAUGGAGAAAUUGAACUCAUCACAUAUGUUGACUAUGUCGAGUAUGAUGGGCCAGCCUUCCGGGCAGGGAUGCGUCCAGGAGACGUGAUCCUUUCGAUAAACGGGCAUGACAUGGAGCAUGUGGAUCACAAGAGCCUCGUGCGCUUCAUCCAAGGUUGUGCCUCCACCAUGCGUAUGGUAGUGCUGUUUGAAGACUGCGUGCACAAGGUGGAGCUGCACAUCCGUUACCUGCGCCUGCAAAGAGUCCUCCAGGAUAAACUCGCAGAGCUGAAAGGACUCUGCGAAAAAGAGCAGCAGCUGGUGGACAGCUGGCGUGAGAGGGGCAUUCAUGUGCCGGCAGUUGCGACUUGCAAUGGCACGCAGCAGCCAAGAGACUCCAGUGGUCAACCCGCACCUCAUUCAUCUUGGCAGCAUGAAGACGAUGCUCUUACAUCAGCCACCCGCAUUUUGUCUUCAUCUAUGUGGAACAGACACAGCUUCAAGAUCUCUUCCAUGCGCUCUGACCGCAGUUUCAAUCAGCUGGCACCCGCUACUACGGAAGGAGCAAGUUCAGCAACUUCUACGACGCAUGCAUCACCCGUCUCACAGCAGAAGCAGUUUGCGACGCUCCCCAAGGCCUCUUCGGCUGCUGCUCGCCGGCAGGCAUCGCGUAGUCUUCCAGCCAGCACGGUCCCUACGCCUAAGGGGUCCUGGGAUGGGCUCGAAUCGCGUUGCAGCACCGAUUUCUCGCGCUGCACAGGCCUGUCGGAAAGCACGGAUUUCUCCGAAGCCGGUAGUGUCGAGUCACGUCUUUCACCUUCGCACCUCUCGGAUCAUGAGGAGAAAAUUCCUCUCUCCGUUCCACCCCUGCCUCCCACGUCCACUUCAGCCAGUGCUAAUUCGGUGCCACCCAGAGCAGAUGGCUUAGAUCGUGAUGAAGUAACGAGGCUGUGAAUUUAUUCCUCUGUACUUUAAUUUGACUAAAGCUGCUGCUGUCUUGUGCAAUGUUUUGACAGCAGUAGAGUCAUUUCGGCAGGGCUGUGGUUUUCCAGCCUCUGCAGCAAUUGUUUUAGCAUUCAUUUUUCCUGCAGUUUUAUUCUCUGUUUGGGAUCAAUGAUGAUGAAUUUGUACUGCGCCUUGGCUUCUAUAUAUGGUGGCUCAUAACGUAAGAUGUCAUGAAAAUGCUGAGCAUGCAAAGACACUGUAAACUGUAACACUGUCAGUCAGAAUCGGGGGAUGACUGGUUAUGCUGUGGAUAUGACCACAUUUUUAGUCUUUUCACAUGUACUCGCUAAUCUGUUAUCAGUCCAACCACUGGUACUUACCUAAUCAUUGUCUAUUUAUUAGCUUUAUGGGAGACCAUUGUGAUAAAUAGAAACUGCAUUAAAACUGGUUACUGGUCCCAAGUCCUUUCAGUAGGUGCUUAAUCAAGUUGCAGUUGCAAUAUCAAAACUUAAGGCUUAACCUUGUUGACAUUGCAAAGUUUGAUCCUUUGGUCUCUCGAGUAAUAUCAAAUGCAAACAUGAAGUUUUUGUUUUUAGAACACAGGGAAUAUUUAGAACUUUCAACCUUACUUUUUCUAGUUCAGCCUAGUCUGGUAACGUGCUUAUAUAUUUUGUACAUUUAUAUAUCCUUUUCUUUCUGUCCAACAGACCUAUUGAAUAUGAACGAAAUAGUGUGUGCUGUAUGAAUUUUGACCACAAACUUAAUUAAUGUAAUGACUUUGCACCCAUGCAACAAAGUGCAGUCUUUUUAUGCCUCUCUCUUAUAGUGUACUUCAGUGCACUAUCUGUACAUAGUUAAAGUUGCCAACAUAUUCCAGUAGCUUGUUGAUAUUAAAGUAUACUACUACAUAUAGCAUGACUGAUGCCACUUUCAUUUAUUCAUUUUAUGCUCCAUUGUGGAGGUAGAUGACUACAUUGUUCACAUUUAACCAUGCAGUUGUCCGUGAAUUUUUUUCUUAUAAUGAACAGUGCAAGGUAUAUUUUGAAAAAUACAAACUCUCACACUAGGCACCAAGAUCUCAAAUGAACACAGAAAUCAAAUGUGUGAUGUUGUUGUGUAUGUUUGUCUACCCUUAUUGCAUAAAUAUACUGAUCUCUUAUCAGUACCACUCACUGGCAUCACUGCACCUUGCAGAGUAUUUACAGUUUUAAAAGUAAUCAUUCUUGAGUCUUCUUCAUCCUGCAUACUUGAGUGCUUCUUGAGUAAAAGCUUCCUUUUUUUUUUCUUGCUUCUAAAGCAGCUCUGCUGCUCUUUUAUAAUGAUAUGAUUGCUGUUUGCCUGCUUUGUCCUUAACUUCCAUGUUUUCGCUCGAGUACUGAUUAGCGCUUGAAGUGGCUGCUUGUUUUCGUUUCAGUUUCAGUCAGAAUGACACUUAUUUUGGUUGUUUGCUGCACGUUACCAAUGCAUCGCCAGCUCCAAGUCACAGCGUAUGUUAUUUUACCACCUACCUUGAGUCAUGCUUUGCAAGGAGUUGUUAAGUUUGUUGAAUGCCACUAUAUACUGCAAGAUUUACAUCUACAAAUAAUUGUGAUGUCACAGCAAUUGCAAUGGUCUAGUUGCCAUGUGCUAGCGGUUAUAGUCCAGCAUGUAAAUGGCGCCUCUUUGAAUGAAAGUUUGUUGGCGCCUCGCCAUAUUAUGCACAUCACUUCUGCGCUGUUUGGAACAAACCAGUGCUAGUGUGUUGAUGGAAAUGGGGUUGGCAGUUCACUGCCAGAGUGGCAUUAAUUCUUUGCAUUCAGCUUGUUUUUAAGCAUGCACAACCUUUUCUUUCACCUGGUGCUAGCUUGUAAAAGAAGCCCCACAGUCGUGUUUGGUGGCGCAAUGGCCAACUUGGCAGCAUGUCAUUCAUUGGAGCGUUCUUAAGCUCUGCUAGCUUGUCAUCAAUCUCACACCCUUAUGUAUGUCAUGUUUUGUUUAUCAAAUCUGAUCACAUUACAGUGCACUUUGAUUAAAUGCACUCUGCGCACAACUUGGGUGUUCAGUUUCUGAACAUUUUCGUAACAUUCGCCUAAUUUUUACUUCAAGGUAGCUGCUCCCAUGUUAGUUGGAUAUUGCAAGAUUUGCAACAGUUAACUCUUGUCAUGAAUCAAAAUGUGUGAACUUGGGUGACUUUUUUGCUUGGUUCAUCUUGUACUUUGGCUAGUGUCUCUCAUGAACUUGGAUAAUGUUCACAUCCCUGCAAUGUCAUCAGAGCUCUGUGUUGCGCCCUGCUCUUUUUUUUCUAUAAGAGUGGUAAAUGUAUGCUUGCUAGAGAGAUUAGCGUGUGCUUAGGUUUUUAUCAUUUUCUCCCAUGUGAUAUGAAACGUAUACAUAUCUAUUUACAUUUGAGUUCAUAUUUAUAUUAGGAUUUUUUAAAGUAGCUUAUUUUGUGUAUCAUCUUGUCACGUCCUAUUGGCCACAGUUUUCUGCAUGAUCUUGUUUGUACUGUGUUGUGACAAGCUGGUGUGGUUUUCCUGGGAUUGUCCUGGCCAGUGCAAGUUGAGAUGAUUCCUGUUCAAUCUACUUGCUUCAUUAUUUGUACUUUCACGCAUUUGAUUUACUGCUUGAUACUUAAUUUUCAUGGCUCUGUAUACUACUGCUAAAGCAUAUUGUUAGUUUUUUUUUUGUUCUUUUCUACAUUAUUUUUCUCGCAUUUGUAUGUGCAAAAAGUAUCUAGUCUUGCAUUGCCAUUAAUGUUUUCCUUUUAAAACUAGAAGCAUUCUUGGCUGUUGUUACAUUAAUAUUACCUUAAUGUAAUGCUGUGUCCAAAAGUUUUAACUGGUGUGGGUUCUGUGCAAAACCUAAAUUUCCAUGCAUUUUGUACCUGUAGCUUGGUAAAACACUUCCCAUCCUGCGCACCUAGGCUGCAGAAAUGUGCAGCUCUUGGCAAGAUCCCACACCCCGUAAACUUUUGAUUUCAGUAGCACAUGACAACAGACAGAACAGCUGUCUAUCGGUGCUGUUUUCUUCAAUACCCAUUCCAAAGACGGAAUGUUAAAGCUGGUCUGAGGUUGUUGGAGAUAGUAUCUCACUCAAAGCAAAUGCAAAGAGGGAAACAAGGAAAUGGCCCAUGUAAUGCAAGUGCUUGUUUCAUUACUGGCAUUCAAAACCCAAGUAGGACACCGUGGCUGCUUAUUGCUGCUAUCUUUGAUGUUGAAGUCUGGAUGUGUUAUUUCUGAUGGUGGAAAUAAGGUCACAGAUAAGGUAUAGUACUUGCAAUGUGUACUGAUGCUGAGCACAUUUUUUUAGUUUUGUUAAUACCUAUUAAUAAACAAUACUGGAAACGAGA